AUGAUUAGCUUGUACGAGGAAGGCGGCAGCGGUAGCGGCCUCUCCAAGUUCGAGAGCAUCGACUUCCGCGAUCCAUACCUCUUCUACAACGACGCGGGAUCGAGGUAUCGGAUGCCGGGACCCAACCCGGGCACCGUAUACCGCGUAGCCCGAGGUCCGCUCCGCAUACCACGCGACGGCUCGUGCAGUAGCCUCAAUGGCCGGAGACGACAGGCCGUCAGGUCGUGCCCGCGGUUUGGCAGACCAGAUGAGCGCAUCUACUUUGGCUGUCUGGGCGACUAUGUUGACGAGCAGGGCAAGUGGCUCUGGGGUGGUAACCUGAGCACGGGGCGGGUAGUGUCAGCAGAUACGGCUGGCUACCUAGACAUUGCCCCAGAAUUCCGCAAGGCUCUCAUAGAGAGGACUCUUUUGCCUCUGCCGGAGCAUGUCUUAUCCUCUCUAUCAUCUCGCCGGGGCCCUCCGCGGAGAUCGCCGUCACCAACCCUUCUGGACCUGCAGGCUGACCUCGUCAUCGCCUCGUUCAACGUCCAAGAGCGCAACGCCCACUCCUUCGAGCCCGCUCCUUCGACAUGGUGCUUCAGGCCGAUGGCACCGACAACGGCCAGCGCCUAA